AUGGCAUCCCGGAAUACCCUCCGUCGUGCCCUUCUCUACAUCCCCGGGUCCUCCCAACGCUUCAUCGACAAGUCACGCUCCCUGACAGCAGACUGUGUCGCAUAUGACCUCGAAGACAGCGUAACUCCGCACAUGAAGGCGGAAGCCCGCUCACUGGUGCGGAGAGCCAUUGACCAGCCCGCUCCAGCGGGGAUUCGAGAGCGAGCGGUGCGCAUCAAUUCGGUGGAUAGUGGGUUAGCAUUGGGUGAUUUGACUGAAGUGCUCAAAUCCCCCAAUCUAAGCACAAUCGUCAUCCCCAAAGUCAACUCGCCUUCCGAUCUCACCUUCGUCACGGAUGUCGUCUCCCACACCCUCGCCCAGCAACAGCAAACUUCCCCAGAAUCCCGUCCCCCCAUUUCCCUCCUUGCUCUCGUUGAAUCUGCCAAAUCUCUCACCAACCUCACCCAAAUCUGUGCGGCCUCUCCACUCCUCCAGGGUCUCAUCUUUGCUGCCGAGGACUUUGCCCUCGACCUGAGUAUCACGCGUACCCCCGCGCUGACGGAGUUUCUCUUCGCACGGUCUAUGAUUGCCACUGCGGCUCGUGCGGCUAACCUUCCCUCGACGAUUGACUUGGUUUGUACAGCGUACAAGUCUACCAAGGGUGAUGGGUCGCCUCCUGUGGCCCUGGAGGAGGAGUGUCGCAGUGGAAAGCAGUUAGGAUUCAAUGGUAAGCAGUGUAUUCACCCAUCGCAGGUGGAGACAGCGCAGCAGAUCUUCGGCCCGGAGCCUGAAGAAGUCCAGUGGGCGGUCCGGGUGGUGAUUGCGGAUGAAAAGGCCGCCACAGCUGGCCGUGGUGCGUGGACCUUGGACGGCAAGAUGAUUGAUGUGCCUGUGGCAGAAAAGGCACGAGCAAUUGUCAAAAAGGCCGAUGCUUGUGGUGUCAAUGUCCGGGAAUUACGGGAGAAAUGGCAACACCAGGAGCCAGAAUAG